AUGAACGGUGACUGGGAGAAGGCAAGAUCUUUCCUAUCUCGUAUCAAAAGUGAUUUCGGCAAGUUCCUCCUCGCGGCAUUAGCAUAUAGCGAGGGACGGUUAAGUCACAAGGACGAGCACAUGGAAUUACUUGUUCAGCUUCAGAAGGAUUAUCCCGAUCCUCGCCUCGAACAGGUGAAAUUCACACGAUAUUUUGAAUACGCGGAACAGAAUGGGCCCCCAAAGAGAGCCACUGACCUGCAUAGUCUUUUUGUUGGAGAAAAGAUGUGUGGAACAGGUGUUCUCUGGAGGGAGCCCGAUGAUUUCCGCAAGGUGUUCGAGAUGAUGGCUGAAGAUAUGCGCGAUGCCUGUGACAGGGCAUGGUACGGUCUCCCAGCUCUGGAUGUGCAAUCUCUAACUGCAUAUCGAAGCCAGGCUCGGAAAGUUCACAUUGCUGAACAACCGCCUUCGUCAGAAAGUAUGCAGGCAGAGCUCCGUGAUUGUCCAGGCCCUGGUCCAUCUUCGUCGCCACUACCUGCGAUACCUCGCGACCCAUGUAUGCUAACCUCCAGACGGCAGGUGAUCCGAGAGUAUCGGUGGGACCGCCCCGGACUGCUCUCGUUGAGCUUUGAUCAACAGCUAAUCUUGUUUCAAAUCUGUCUUGUGCACAAAAGCCGUUACGCAAAAUUGCAAGGCAAUACCGACUUUUGGCACCGUGUUGCUGACCAAUUUUGGGAGGUUGCAGGCUGGCACUGGAAGCAAGUCAGGACGUUUACGCAGACAAAGAUGCGUUAUGUGACUGUGAGUGAUCGUGGAUCUCAAAUAGUACCACUCUUGGAUGAACUUCGUUCCCAUAUCCAUUCCAUCAGGUAUCCGUCCGAUGGAAACGACGUGCCUCAGUCGAGUUCAUGGUCCCCAGUACUUCCAAGCCCGGUAGCAAGUAUUCCUGGUCAAGGCACUGCAACGAUAACAUUCUCACGGGCUGGAUUCCAUGAUAGGAUCAGUUCAGGUGGUAUGUCUCAAAGCAACUUGGCCCAGUUGAAUUCAAGGCCCCCAGUACUUGAAGGCCCGGUAGGGAGUCUUCCUGGGCAGGCAGCUGCAAAGCGAACAUUCACACAGACUGGAUUUGAUGUUGAGAUCAGUUCGGAUGAUGAUUUGCCCGUACGUUAUGCCGCGCGGCCCCGACAUACCGGCCCGGCUAGAUCUACUGUGCGCACACAUACUCAACCUCUCUCCACGAGGGACUCCAUGCAAGACCUGAUAACGAAGAGUAACGAAGCAAAAGAGCGGCAUGACUUUGACAACGCGAAGUCUCCUCUGCUGCUUCAGAUCUCGGACGACGCAGUUCUUGAACCACUCCUUGAGGAAUUGGACGUAGCUCGCGACAUUCAAAUACAAACCAACAAAGAACUCGAAGAACAAGCCAAGGAAGCCGAGUUGAAGGAUGAUUGGCAAACGGCCAAGUCUAUACUCUCUCGCAUCAUCGGCAAUGAUGGCCCUUUCCUUCUCCUGGCAUUGGAGUACAGUCGAACACGGAUAUGUUGGAAAAUACUUGAAUCAGAGGAAGCGCUGGAGCAGCUUAAGAAGGAAUACCCCGAUCCACGCCUUGAGCAGGUGGAGCUUGAUCACAAUUUUGAGAAUGCAGCAAUGACUGGCAACCCACGAAGGAUCGGUCAUCAUCAGGGGCUGCUUCGUGCCUACAAAAGGAAGAAUGGUUCUCUGUGGGAAAAACCCGAUGAUUUCUGCAAGAUAUUCCAGAUGAUGGCUGCAGAUCUGCGCCGUGCUCGUGACAAGACUUGGUAUGCACACCCAGCUCGAGCUAGGAAUAUAGAGCUUCAACUUCAAUCUGGUUGUCAGUCUGAAUCUGAUUCUGGUACCUAUUCUCGUCCUGGUCUUGGAUCAGAGACAGGAGCCCAGCCUCAAUCCUACUGUCUAGAUCAGCCUCCGCGACUGGAUAUCGCCGAAGGACUUCGCGUGUUGGAAAGGACGCGGAUACAAGCCCAAUCUCAGUCUCAACCUCAAUCCCAACAACCAGAUAUGAACCAAGAACUCGACUUCUUAGACAAGGCACGGACAGAGAUCAGUAUUGGCAACCGCAAGGCCAAGGCCCUCCUACUCCAGGGAUCGAGCGAGGAAUGCAAAGAAGCCCUCGCAGCAUUAAAAAAACGAAAGAAUGCUUCUCGAUGA